AUGGCCGAAGACCCACCUCCUGUGGAAAGGCUUUUAGGUGAUUAUGGAAUAGCAAAUGCACCUCUUGGCCGGAUGACAAUUGUUAACCAACCGAAUUUUGUGAAUGGUCUUAAGCUUAAGACUAAACAACUAAUUGACACAGCUACUGGUGGUUCACCGAAUUUUAAAACAGCCACUGAGAUAAAGAAGAUCAUUAAUGCUAUUGCAGCAAACGAACACUUAGAGUUGUAUGACCGCAGUGUAAAUCAACCAGAAGGGUUAGUUGAUUUGAAGUUGACGAAUCAAGUUGUUAAGAUGGAAGAGCAGAUCGCAGCUGAAGUUGAGCGUAGAAUGAAACAAAUGGCUCUUGAAAAACAAACGGUGGCUCAAGUUCAGCCAGUUCAACCGAUUCAAGCAGUGAAUUGUGAAAUAUGUGGAGGACCUCACUUUGCCGUGCAUUGUGUGGGUGGAAGAAUCAUCCGAAUUUCUCCUGGAAAGAUUAACAAGGGAACGUUCCAAAACAAGGGGCUGCUCCUUAUCAAAGUUUUCCACAAUAACAACAGCAAUAUCGGCCACCACAACAACAACAAUAUCAACAGCCGUAUCAGCAACCUCAACAACAAUUCCAGCAACAAGGGCCAAGAAAAGCAGAUUGGGAGAUCGCCAUUGAAAAAAUGGCUGCUCAAAGCUCCCAAUUUCAAGAAGAAACAAGAACAACCUGGUGCUCUACCUAGUGCCACGGUUACGAAUCCCAAAGACCAUAAUAAUGUGAGCGCUAUAGUAACUAGAAGUGGUAAAGCGAAAGAAGUUGUGGAGGAGAGUGCUGAAGAAGGAGAGCCAUUGCUUGAAGUGGAUGUAGAAAUAAAAGAGAAUGAGGCAAAAGUGGAAGACUUAGGUGUGCUGGAACCAACAACUAAAGGGAAGACUAGUGAACAAAAACCGGAAAUUAAAUUACCUUUUCCAACAAGAAAUAAGAAGAAAGGGCAGCACGAGAAAAACUUUCAAAAAUUCUUGGAAAUGUUUAAGAAACUUGAGUUGAACAUACCAUUCUUGGAGGGUAUGAAGAUUCCGGGGAAGAAGAAAGACCGAGGCUCUGUAACUAUUCCUUGUACUAUUGGGGAUAGAUCAUUUCAAAAAGCUCUUAUUGACUUAGGAGAAAGUGUUAGCCUUAUGUCGUUAUCCAUAUACAAGAGAUUGGGAAUUGGUAAAGUUCAAGAUACAAGAAUGACAUUCCAAUUUGCAGAUCAUUCUGUAAAAAGACCGUACGGGAUAGUAGAAAAUGUGCUUGUAAAAAUUGACAAGUUUGUGUUUCUAGUGGAUUUUGUAAUUUUAGAGAUGCCAGAAGAUGAAGAAACUCCGAUCAUUUUGGGGAGACCAUUCUUAGAGACCGGGAGAUGUUUGAUAGACAUAGAAGAGGGCACGAUGACCGUGAAGGUGUAUGAUGAAGAGUUAAAAAUUGAUGUGCGAAACACCAUGAAACACAAGGAUGAUGUUGCUACUAGUCAACAUAUUGAGGUGAUUGAUCAAAUUGUUAACCGCGAGAAUGUUUUGAAGUCACAACAACUACCUUUAGAAAGAGUGUUGAGUUUAUCAAUUUUCAACGAAACUGAAGAGGUUGACGAAAAAGAGAUAGAAGUGUUGAUUAUGAUGGAAGCAAAACCUUUCUUUAAAAGUUCUCGACAAAAUCGGUGGGAGGUGUCAUACCCUAAUUUUUGA